AUGAAGAAAUUUGGAAGAGGACUUAAUUCAAUUGUCCAUAAAAGUGAAUGCAUGUUAUACCAAUUUUUGACUGAUCUUGAAAGAAAGUCUACAAUGUGUCUCAGAAAGUCUGGAAUCUUGCGGGUCUUGAAAAUAAAGAAAACACAUCUGGCCACUAUCGCAAGAUUUCUUACCUUCAAAUACAAUAUUGAAGAUCCUUCAGAAUUGAAUAUAAACAUAAUCAAGGAGAAUCAACAAAAAAAUCUAAUGAAGAUUAUUAAAUCGAAGAUGUUGCAUUCCGUGCUUUUCAAAUGUUGUGAGGAUCAGAAUGUCGACAUCAAUAUGUCUACGGAAUGGCUAGUGAAUGGAAACAACAGUCCGAUAUCAGAAGCAAUGUAUUGUAUUAUUCAGGAUCGAAAUAUAUUUUUCAACGAUAACGGAGAAAUGUGCAAUCAUUGUAAUCAAGCUAAAAAAUCUGUUGAUCACAUGGCUACAAGAUGUAGCAGAAUGCUGAACAGUGAUUAUACCAGAAGACAUAAUGAAGUUAUAAGAUGCAUCCAUUUGCAUCUCUGCCGCCAAUAUGGAAUCAGGAAAACCAAAAGGUUAAAGUCACACACAGUCCAGUCGGUUAGCUCAAAUCAUAAAGUGGAGAUAAGAGUGGACACCACCUUGCAGACAGAUGUUCAUGUAAAAAACAAUAGACCAGAUAUCUUUGUCCUUGAUAAAACGAAAAACGAAAUCACUCUAAUUGAAGUCGGAAUUACUUCCCACGCCAUGUUAAAGCAAGUGGAAGUAGAAAAACUACAUAAAUAUGAUCUUCUUGCUGGAGAAUUAUCUCAAAUCCACGGUGCGAAGGUAACGAUAAUCCCCAUUGUCCUCACAUGGGACGGGAUAGUUUCUAAAUUCUAUAAGUCUUAUAUGGAAAGACUGAAGUUGGAUGCUUCCACUAGAUCGUAUAUACAAUCGCUGACGAUUAAAAAGACAUUGGAGACCAUGCUUGUUGAACAUAAACAUGGAGUGGAAAUUGAAAAACAUGAGGAACAAGUUUCGAGGGCCACCAACUACCUCCUAAAAUUGGCUAGAGAAACAACAGAUCCACCAGAUUUGCCGGAAGAUGUGUCUCAUGUUUUAUAUGAAGUGUUAAAGGAUGAGAAUACGCGAUCCAGUGCAACGGUUCAAAAAGGAGGAGAAUUAUACAGAUUAGUUAGUUAUUAG